AGCUGAGUUUUGACAUCACUGUUCCGGACGCUAGAAUUUGUUAUUUACUUGAAAGUUUGUUUAGUUUAUUUAUUGGAAAAUCCAACGCAGGACUGCCAUGUCGCCGCCGGAUGCUUUGUGUCGCGUUUGCCACAUUGCAUCGCCCCGCUGCCUGCCGCUCUUCAAGCCGCUCAGCAACCUUAUUGCCGGCAAACUGGCGACUCUGGCCAACAUUCUGAGCUACUGCAGCGGAUUGGAGAUCUUGGAGUCGGAGCUCUUUCUGCCCCACCACAUCUGCUCGGGCUGCGUGGCCAAGCUGCGGCUCUCGCUGGAGUUCAAGCGCAGUGUCCACCGCAUGGACAGAUUACUGCGGCAGAGUCAUGCGGACUUUUGCCGCAGCAAGAGGAUCAACGCGGGACAGGAUUUUAGAGACAGGCUGUCACCUGAGAUUCCAGAGGACUUUGUACUUGUGCUUGAUGAGCAGGAGGUGGCUGUGUAUGCUGCAGAAACUAUGCGAAAUGAGGCGGAUCAGCUGGUCGUCGAAUCAGUUGAGGAGGAGCCGAGUAUGCAAAAGGAGAGGCUGGAUCUUGAACUGGAACGGCAGGAAGAGUUGCCAGAGAAGGAGAACUACGAGGAGCAGAAUAGUCACUCUGUUGCGGAGAUUUACUUGGAUCCCAAAGCAGGCGAGGAUUUGUACGAGGUGAUCGACGAUGCGGAGCAACGUCUAGUGGAAGCUCCAGCGAAAAGCGAACCAUUGGCCAGUAAGAGCAGGCUACGGAAAUCCAAACCCGCGCUGAAAUGUCUCAUUUGCGGCAAACAACUAAGCAGCAAGAGGACCUUUCAGCACCACAUGACGCUGCAUGGCCCGCACCACAUACACCAAGAAAACCAAGUCCACAGCAUGGAAGAUUCGCUCCAAGUUGAGCCCGUUGUGCAGCCCAGAGCUGGCGAAGAUCUGUACGAGAUUGUGGAGAAAGCAGAGCAACCUGUGGCCAGCAGGAGCCGCCUUUGGAAACCUCUUAAUCCCUCCCUGCAGUGCCAAAUCUGCGGCAAGCAUUUGAGCACCAACAACUCGUUCAAGUACCACAUGCAGCUACAUGGCACGGCCACGCCGUACGUUUGCAAGAUCUGCGGCGAGUCCUUCAAGACCCGAAACGCCCACGACGGUCACGUGACGCUGCACGAUCGAAACAAUCCGAAUAGGUGUCCCACCUGCUUCAAGGUCUACCGGCAGGCGUCCUCGCUGCGCACACACCUGCUAAUCCACAGCGGCAUCAAGCCAUUCGAGUGCAGCAUCUGCGGCAAGCGGCUGACCCAAAAGUCCGGCUACAAGAAGCACAUGCUCACGCACACGGGCGAGAAGCCGCAUGGCUGUGACAUAUGCGGUCGCAGUUUCCGCUACUCCAGCAACCUGAUUGCCCACAAGCGGUGCCACAGCCAGGAAAAGCCGUACCACUGCCAGGUGUGCCAGAAGCGCAGCUUUGGCAGCAGGUCCGAGCUCAACCGCCACAUGCUCGUCCACAGCAGCGAGCGCCCGUUCAGCUGUGAGCAGUGCGGCAAGUCCUUCAAGCGUCAGAUCUCCCUCGGCAUCCACCUGCAAUCGCAUGCGGCGGGAAGGCAGCGCAAGAGGGGCGACCGCCGCAAGACGGAUGUCCUGCUGGUGCAGCAGGAUCAACCUGAAGAGACCUGAAUGCGGAGGCUCUACUAUUGCUUGUGAAUCUCCAGCCUAUGUUGUUAUCAGUUAUUAUUAUUGUUAAACUACUGCAUUAGUUUAGUACAUUUCGCUUUUAUUUUCGGUACUUUCCUUUGCAUAUAAUAACAAGUUCAAAGUGUUACUAUUGUUAUAACGCCCUAGGAUAAAAUUUGUUAUUUGUUAUGUUUCCCACCCAAAUAAUGUGCUUUACAUAUGGUCAACGUCAACAAGGGCAGACUUGCCAACAUUUUCGAGUCUUUUGAGGGGAUUUCGAUUUUUGAUUUAAUGUGAGCUUUAGUUUAUCAGGUGGAGAAUCUCUAUACAUAUGGAAGUUUUAAUUGGGAUUUGCUGCGAGGGUUUUGGGGAUUUAGGGCUACAAACUAUGCUGAAUCGAACUUAGGCAACUUAAGCGCUAGAAACCAAUUAGAGUAGUGCGGAACGAGUGUGCGAGCGGGUAACAAACAAAUGGGUUGAGAAUUUAAAAUGUGGGAGCUUCGCGUUCACGUUCGCGUUCGCGUGAUACAUAGAGUUAAUGUAUAAAUAAAUAUAUAUGUUCAGACAAUGUGAGUGCUUGCUAAUACUUGGCAUACAUAAAAUGAGUAUAGAUCACAAAAA